GCUCUCCGGGGGAGGAGGAGAGAAGCGACACUGCGGUGUUUGCUAGUCUCAACAAAAUGGCUGCGAGACCACUGACACCGAGAGCUCCCUGAAACGCCUGCCAUGACCGUGCUCUGCGCCGUCUGGACCCUCGCAGAAUGUAUUUUCCCGGAGUCGCUUCUCACUUUGUAUUCGCGGUAGCCGACGCGUCACAAGUCGUCCCGCUGGUCACCUAAAAACAAAAAAAAUAUUUUUUUUUGCACUUUAAACCAAGUUUACCGGCUGGUUUUCGGACGGUAAUCGGCUAGCUUGGACAAAAAGAACUGCGCCAUUCUUUUUUUUCUUCUUUUUUUGCGGGGUGGGGGGGUUGUCGAGACUCAACUUCUGUCAGCCAACGUUGUCUGCAACAAAUUAGCUGCGUUUUAAAGGUCAUUGUUAUUCGUAUUGUUUGUUUUUGUUGUUGUCGCCUACGCUUCUUCCUCGUCCCCGCCCCUAUAUAUGUAUGCUAUAUGUCGCAUAUAGCGUUUUAGCGUUAAGUGCAUUUUUUUCUAAUGUUUCACUCAAGCCGCAUAUUAGAAAAUCGUGAUUUUGUGUAUGUGGCUGAGGAGGGGGGCGUUGUUUACCUCGCUAUCCUGUCAUCAAGCUGCUACGGCGACCGCCGGCGAAGCUGCCAAGUCUUGACAGAAUCUGCUCCAUCGCUUUACGGGUAACUUUGGAGAGGACACCGGGGCAUGAUUACAAACUGCCAAAGUCGUGUUUAACGCAAGCUGAGAGAAGCAAGCAACACAAAAAAGAGAAUCAUUUGAUGGAAGAAAAGAAAAAGAAAAAACAAGAAGAAAAGAUCAAGAAGGACAUCGCUCAGAAGAAGGCUGCUGAACAGAAACCCAAAGUGCCAGAGCCUGCUCCCACUAAGCCCAGUCCCGGCACACCCCGUCACCGCCAACCUGCCAGCCCUACGCUGCCCGUCUCCUUCUCAUUUUCUUCUGGAAAUGACAAGCGCGCCUCCUGCAGUAGCCAGCUCCAGAUUCCGGUUGCCCCUCAGCCGCAGUGCCUGACGUCCUCUGCCGGCACUCGCUACCCACCCAGAGAAGUGCCCCCGCGCUUCCGGCAGCAGGAGCACAAGCAGCUACUGAAGAGAGGCCAGCCGCUGCCUGCAGGAGCCUUCAGUGCACUCACACCCUCCUCUUCCUCUUUGUCACCUUCAUUACCUUACUCUUCAUCUUCUACAAGUACCAGCAGCACUAGCCCAGACUCUGCAGAGUUCACUGCAGGCAAACAACACUCAGACAUAUCUCCCAAGAGUGGCUCUGCUGCUCAGAUUUGCCAGUGGGGAGCCUCCUUGCAUGCUGACAGCAUCUCCAGUGCAAACAGCUGGAACAGAGGAAAUAUUGACGGAAGUGACACUGAAGCUUGGCCCUCCAUUAGCCGCAGGAGUGACCCCGGCCAACCUGCAGCACCAGAAUGCCCCUUGGGCACAGCUAGCUUCAGCACAGAAGUCAGCGCUAUCACUACCGCCAGCAGUACUUUUCUGAGUAUGGCCACAGGUGCCACAGGCCAGCCGGCCCACUACACAUCUCUCAAAUCUAACAAUAACAUGAUGACAGGACCUGUGUCAGCCAACACAUUGUCUAGUAACAGAGGUUGGGGCUCAGAUGCCAAACAAGAUGGAAUGAACAGUGGGCGAGUAGGUACGCCCAAUCACUGGGGCUCACCCGGUUUUAACUUGAAUCUCAAUCCCAGUGCCAACCCAUCUGCCUGGCCUGUUCUCGGUCACGAGGGUGGUGGUGUUAUUAGCCCAAAUGGGGUCUCCGCCUCAUCUCACCCACCAGGCAAUGGGAAUGGAAACAUUGGGAACGGGAGCCUUGGAGGCACAAGCGCUUGUGGCGGAGGUUGGGUUAGCAUGGUUUGUGCUAAUGAAAAUGAACAGCAGCGCCCUUCAACUAACACAAGUUUGUCCUUCAAUAUGGAAACUAACCUUAACACUGAUGGACCAAACCACACCAAGCAACAAGCUCAGGAGCCUAUGAGCCCUGUCCAUGGGUUAACUGGCUGGGGAGGUCAGUCACCUACUGAAUCAUCCCAACUUAAUGGAGACACAACAGGAAGCUCUGUAUGGGGUAAUGGAGAAACCAAGGCAGCUGACACCCCCAAGGACUCAGGCUGGGACGCAACUCCCCCUGCAGGUCUCUCUGCAUGGGGCCGCCAAGGUAGUAGUGGUGGUGGGAGUAAUGGAAGUGGUGGCUGGGGUGACUGGGGGAAAUCUUCAGGAGGUGGCGAUGCAUCGAAAGGCUGGGACUCUGUUGAUGCUGUCAUUUCAGGUUCAGGUCAAGAGCAACAACUUGGCUCUUGGGGUAAGCAGCCAGGAACUGCCCCAGCAAGUGAGGGUAGUGGGGACAGCAGAGAUGGCCAUUCUCACCACAGAGAUAGGUCCUCAAGCAUGGAUUAUACCCCUGUGUUACCUCGACAGGACCUGGACCCUAGGGUGCUGAGUAACACUGGUUGGGGACAGACUCCCAUCCGACAGCACACAGUGUGGGAGAUGGAGGAAGCAAAUUCUGAUGAUGGGAAAAGCAGCAGCAGCUCGGACGCAUUUGAAAGUUCCAGUUCUAAUGGAGGAUCUGCGUGCACCAACGGAGGUACCGUCAACCCCAGCAUUGGUACCAAUCCGCGGCAUGGAUCUGAUGGAAAACAUGAAAGUGAAGAAUCAUCUGGCUGGGGAGCCCCUGCACCUCAGCAAGUCCAGACUGCAUCAGGAUGGGGUGAUCCCCCACAUUCACAGAAAGAAGCUACUAAUGGCACCACCAGUGGCUGGGGAGACCCCAUGCCUACCACUGGACCUAAAAAUGUAGGCAUGACAUCUUGGGGCUCUGAGGACAAGUCCCCUAGCUGGGACAGUGACAUGACAAAAGGCCAGUCCACUAAUUGGGGGGAGGGCCCGCUUAGCUCUCGUGGUUGGGGAAGUACUAAUGGGGGUGCCAACAGUUCUAACACGAGGGAUUGGGGAGAACCAGAGCGCAAGAACAGUGCGUCCCCCAGCAGCAUGUGGGAAGGGGAAGGAGGAAAUGGGGGAUGGAAGGAAAAUCCUAGAGGAGGAAUUAGAGGAGGUGGUAAGCUUACUUCUUCUGUGAAUAACAGCUCUUGGGGAGAGACCUCCCGUGCCAACGGCCCAGUGCAGGGCACCUGGGGCUCCACCAAGCCGACUGAAAGCAGUAGCAGCAGCACUGGUAGUGGAGGAGGGGGUAGCAUUGGUUCUUGGGGAGGUCCUGGUUCUGUCAAACAGAACACCUCCAGCUGGAGUAAUGUCAGCAAACAGGACCCAGGCUUGGAAUCUACUGGUUGGGAGGAGCCCUCCCCUCCGUCUAUACGCAGGAAGAUGGAGAUUGAUGAUGGAACAUCCACCUGGGGAGAUCCUGGCACGUACAGCAAGACCGUCAACAUGUGGGAUCGCAAUAGUCCUAACAAUAAUCCAGGCAACAGCGGCCCACCCACCAUUAAGAAUGGUGGCAUGAUCACACCCAACAACAAUCACUCCGUUGGCCCUGGCAACAACAAUCACCACCACGGCAAUCCAAUGCACCACCGUCCUCACCAUGGCAAUGCGCCGAGCCAUCUCCAACAUCAACAUCAUGGAAACAGCUGUGGGCCACCCAACAGUUGUGUCCCACACCCAAGUGCAGGUCCCCAGGGUAGACCUCCUCUCGCUAACCCAGGCUGGGGAGAGCUUCCAAGUGUUCAGCCUAAGUCUGAGCCUGCUUGGGGAGAGCCUGCAGCUCCAACAUCAGCUGUGGAAAACGGCACCUCUGCUUGGGGCAAGCCUUCAGGGGGUGUCGGCGGAUGGGGAGAUGUUGGCCAUGAGCCCUCUGGACCUUAUGGCAGGGCCAACGGACCCUCUUGUACUGCACCUUGCAAGCCUGGUCCUAAACCUAUGCAAGACAGCUGGGGGAGCGGAGGGGAUGAAAUGGGCAUGUCUACAGGGCAGUGGGACACUGAGGACGGGGACAUGUGGAGCAGCCCCACCUCACAGGAAAGCAGCUCCUCCUGCAAUUCUUGGGUAAAUGGACCCAAGAAGGGCCCGAGCAAGGGGAAGAUGAUUAACAAGCCGGAUGAGACCUGGAUCAUGAAUCGUCUCAUCAAACAGCUCACUGACAUGGGUUUUCCGCGAGAUCCUGCUGAGGAGGCAUUGAAGAGCAACAACAUGAAUCUUGACCAGGCCAUGAGCGCUCUGCUGGAGAAGAAGACUGACCUGGACAAGCGCAAUAUGAGCAUUUCUGAUUACAGCAACGGUCUGAACAAGCCACUGAUAUGUCGACCAUCCAUGCUCUCUAAAGAUCCCUCUGACCGCAACGCCUUCCUUGACAAGGAUGGCAUUCUUUCCGACGAUGCCACCCCAUCACCAUUUAUGCCUUCCCCCAGCCUGAAGCUCCCCCUGGCCAACAGUAGCCUUCCUGGGCAAUGUCUGGGACCGGGCAACUCGGGGCUGGCCAUGCAAAACUUGAACAACAGACAGAUAACCAGUGGAAUGUUUGGCAGCAGUGGAGCAGCACAAAGCCGGGCCAUGCAGCAGCAGCAGCAGCAUCCUCAGCCACCAGUGCCACCUCUCAGCUCCUCCAUGCCAAGUCUACGUGCUCAAGUGCCUCAGUUACUCUCCCCUCAGGUCCAAGCACAGCUCUUGCAGUUUGCAGCAAAAAACAUUGGUCUGAACCCUGCACUUUUAACCUCACCAAUAAACCCUCAACAAAUGACCCUGUUGUACCAACUUCAGCAACUGCAAAUGGCGUACCAGCGUUUACAAAUCCAGCAGCAGAUGAUGCAGGCGCAACGUAACGUUUCCGGUCCCAUUCGACAACAAGAGCAGCAAGUCGCACGCACAAUCACCAACAUGCAGCAGCAGAUCCAGCAGCACCAGCGUCAGCUCUACCAGGCGCUGCUGAUGAAGCAGCAGCAGCUUCCCUCCCAUUCCCCCUCCUCGCAAGCUGGUCUGCAUGCCCCCGGUGGCCCCACCGGAGGCUCCGGAUCUGCAAAAUCAACCCUGGACCCUUUCACAGGCCCACAUCACGCCCCGGGCCUGACCGACACACUGCACACCAAAGAGCCGCUGUCUUCACCCAACGCCUACAGCCCCUAUUCUCUCUCUGGACUGAAUCCAAACAUGAAUGUAAACUGCAUCGAGGUUGGGGGUCUGUCUAUGAAAGAGCCCCCUCAGCCCCAGUCCCGCCUGUCCCAGUGGACGCACUCCAACUCCAUGGACAGCCUCGGUGGUAACACCUCAAACCUGGAGAACAACCUCAACAAGCACGGUGCCAUAUCUGCUGCCUCUACCCUGGGGCCCCCUGGGAAGCCCUCACAGCUGGAGGAUUCCUAUAGUCCAUACAAUCUGAUGUCCAACUCGGACUCCCCCACCAACUCUUUGGUACCCCCAGACAGCUGGGGCCAAGGCAAGAACCCCAAUGAAAAGAUCACCAACGGGACCAACAUUAACUGGCCCCCUGAAUUCUGCCCAGGUGUGCCAUGGAAAGGCCUUCAGAACAUUGACCCUGAGAAUGACCCCAAUAUGACCCCUGGCAGCGUCCCCAGCGGUCCCACCAUAAACACCAACAUCCAUGACGUCAACAGAUACCUGCUGCGUGACAGGAAUGGCGGCAAACUGUCUGACGUGAAGUCCACCUGGUCCACGGGGUCCAUAACCCAGAACCAAGCCUCUCUGACCCAUGAGCUGUGGAAAGUCCCUCAGGGCCCACGCGGGUCCGCUGCCCCAUCGCGACCCCCACCAGGCCUGACCAACACCAAGCCUUCCUCCACCUGGGGGGGCAACUCGCUGGGCUUGGCUCAAGGAUGGAGCGGCUCUUACGCCUCUGAGGGAACCACCUGGAGUACAGACAGCUCCAACAGGACCAGCAGCUGGCUGGUGCUGAGGAAUCUCACACCUCAAAUUGACGGUUCUACCCUGCGGACCCUGUGCAUGCAGCACGGCCCUUUGAUCACAUUCCACCUCAACCUGACCCAAGGGAACGCCGUGGUGCGCUACAGCUCCAAGGAUGAGGCCGCUAAGGCCCAGAAGUCUCUGCACAUGUGUGUGUUAGGUAACACCACCAUCCUGGCAGAGUUUGCUGGCGAGGAGGAGGUAAACCGCUUCUUUGCACAAGGCCAGUCGCUGACCUCAAACAACACCACCAGCUGGCAGGCCAACCCAGGAACCAAUCAGAAUCGAAUGGGCGGGGCAGCGGCGUCCCACUCCAUGGGCCAAUGGAGCAGCAGCGGCGGAGGAGGAGGCAAGGCCAGCGGAGGCGACCUGCUUUGGGGGGGAGUGCCCCAGUACUCCAGCCUGUGGGGGCCUCCUAGUGGGGAGGAUGCCCGCGGGAUCAGGAGCCCCACCCCCAUUAACACCCUGCUGCCUGGAGAUCUGCUGAGUGGGGAGUCCAUGUAGGCGGAUGCCACAGUACAGUACCGCACCACCACUACAUUGAGGUUCUACCAACAGGAGCAAAACCCAAGCAAAUCAUGUGGCGAUAAUCAGCACCAUUUUAAAACUUUCUGGAACUGUGAAUUAGGAAACGGAAGACUGAGGGCUCAGCAGGCCUUCUGUUUCUUUGAUGUUUUACUUUUUAUUCCUUUAUUUUGCAACCUAAAAAACUAACUCAAACACGACACAAAGAAACCUUUUUGUUUUUUAGGAGAAGCAAUCAAAGCUGCCAUCUAUCUUUUCCCUCCAAGAAGAAAUCAUCCGAAACAGAAUCUCGCAAGCGACCAUUCCCAGCAUGCCCGUGGCCAAUGAUGUGGUUGGGUGACCUUUACUCGUUACUUUUUGUUUCUCAGCACUAAUAUUAGCCUUAAGUGCUCUCCGGGUCCUUUCUAAGCCGCCUUUUUGUUGUUGUUGAUAAACUGAAGAAGCAGACGGAAUCUUGCACAGUUUUUGACCUCUUGAGCCAGCGCCACGUGACUGGAGACCAACUCUCCAGGGGAGGCCCGGCUCUUCGGAUUCUUCACUUUUCCAGACGCUGACAGCUGGUUCGUUUUUCUGAUGUCCGUCCCCCAAUAUAUAAGCUCUGAGGGACUGCGGCGGCGGCCAAUCACUGACGAGAACUUCACGGUCACCUGCAGUUCACUCACUGGUGCUUUGUGGAAUCUUCUACACCGUUUCUGGAAGUGUCAACGCAGGAAAGAGGAUGUGGGCUUGAAUCCUUUUUAACGUGACGGUUUACAUUGUGCAAUAUACACCGUAGAACUUUCUGUCCGUCCCAUCGGAGCUGGUCGCUUUUUGGAACUUGAAAGACGUUUUUUAUGGAUUCCCUCCAGAGCGCUCUUGGAAAAUCUGUGCAAAGAAGGAGAAGCAGCAGCAGCUUGGACUGCGAUGCACAUUUCCUGUCUGCGUGCCGCACCCUCAGCCAACGAGACUGGAACCAAUUGGAUGCCUCUGGGUGUCUGGCACAAUACCAAAUUUA